GUAAUCCUGGCCUGGGCGAUUACCUUUACCGCGGUCUGCACCUUGAUACUCUGCUUGGGUUUUGGACCCAUUGGCAUCGGAGCUGGAACGCUUGCUGCGGCUUUCCAAUCAUGGAUGUAUGGAGCUUUUACUCCCGCCGGCGGAAUAUUUGCGACGUUGACGAGCAUGGCGAUGCUGGGCACUUUGAUGCCUGCUGCGUCUCUCCUUGCUGCGGUGGUUGCGACGGGAGCGGCUAUAGUGGUUUGGGUCUUGGGCGUAGGGCGAUGA